GCAAGUAUAAGAAGAAGGGAAACCGUCCGCCCCGGCUGUCUGCCCCUGAUGUUGGAAGUGUUGUUCAGCCGUUAACGUUAUUUUCUCACAGAAACGGAAACACCGGGCUAACGGGCAGGCUUUUACCGGAGGCAGAGUGUGAGUUGAAGCCAUGGCUGGACCUGUCAGUCUGGAGCUGGAUCCCAUCUUCCUAAAGGGACUGAGUUACCUUCACUCCAAGAGUAAAGAUUCAGCUGAGAAACUCAAAGCUUUACUAGAUGAGUCUCUUUCAAGAGGGAGUGACUCAUCUUACCGUAUGUUACAAAAAGAAAUUGAAGUGUCCAAGGGAUCUGUGUCAAAACUGAGUUUGAGUAAACAGGACUCUAAGUCCUCCUCAAGUUCCUCCUCCUCCAGCAGCAGCAGUAGCAGUAGCAAAUCCAGCUCGGAAAAGAGCAAGAAAGAGGCAGAGAAGAGACCUGCUGAGAAGGUCAGAGUCGACCCGGGUGAGGUCGACCCUCCGAAAAAGUCUCGUUUGGAGAAACAGGAGAAUCGCUCUUCUCCAAUCACCGUUCUGACGAGCAAAGACCUUCUACCAAACAUAAACGACUACGAUGAGACCAAUGCUGAUGACUUUGCCAUGGAGAUGGGCCUGGCCUGUGUAGUUUGCAGGCAAAUGACAGUGACCAUGGGAAACCAGUUGGUGGAGUGCCAGGAGUGCCAUAAUCUGUACCACCAGGACUGUCACAAGCCCCAAGUGACAGACAAAGAAGUGAACGAUCCACGACUUGUGUGGUACUGUGCCCGCUGUACCAGGCAAAUGAGACGUAUGGCCCAGAAACCUCCACAGAAGCCGUCCCCGGUGUCUGCAUCCUCAGCACCUGUUGUAAAAGACACACUGGUGAAAAAGACGGAGCUGAAAGCCAAGCCUGACACAACCAGCACCUUCCAAGCCUUCAAAAGAACAGAAGUGAAGGCAUCCACAACAUCAGCCAAUCCCACCAGCAGCAGCUCAUCCUCCUCAGGCAGCGGUCUUACAGGCUGGGCUGCUUUUGGCGCCAAGACGAGUCCCACUCUUCCUGCCAGCUCUAAGCUAGGCUCCUCGGGCCCCAGUGGGAGCCACAAGACCUUGACAACUCCCUCCGGCCAGAAACCCGUCGGCCUGUCUGGGCUCGCGGGAGCCAAGUCAGGACUCGGGAGUGCGAAGAUACCUGGGACCGGCAAUGGCAACGGCUCUAGCCAGGCGCCUCUAAAACCUCCUCCUCCUCUGACUCUGGGUAAGCAGCCACUGAACCGUUCAUCGAGCAGCGAAAACCAAGGGAAGGGGUCCGCUUCAUCAGGGGCUGGCUCCCCGAGCGGCUCCCAGGCGAGCGGAGGAGGGAACGGAGGUGGUAACGGAGGGGGAAACGGGAACAAUGGGAACGGGUCGAAGGCUGCACCGGGGGACAAAGCGCCAACCUCCCAAGAGGUCCAGCUUAACGCCAUGAAACGGUUACAUCUGGUGAAAAAAAAAGCCGCGCAAAAGAAACUGAAGAAAUGAGUAGAGGAAAAAAGAGAGGGAAGAGGUGCGAGGGAGUAGAAAUUAACGCUUAGUGCCAGCGAAUAUGUUUGUGUUAAAAGAGCAUCUGUACAUGAGUAACACCAUCCAGUCAAAUACUUGAAACUUGCUUUGUGUAAAUGCUGCUGGACUGUGUACCUCGUUCUGUCCUAAUAAGUCUAACCGUUGAAAAAGUGACUGUCACUUUUUAUUCAGAUGUAAUUAAAUUUCUUCUUAUAAACUGGCACUAUCAA